AUGAAAGUUGCAUACCUACAGUGGUUAUUUUUAAAUAUAGUUUUGGUGAAAGCUGAACCGCUACGACCCAAUGUCAUGUUAAGAAAGGAUUCCUUCUGGGAAAACUUCCAAGCUUAUACUGACACAAAGCAUUUGUACAAGGAGUGGAUCACCAGUGAAGCCACUAACGAGGAAGGAGCUAAGAUUUAUGGUGCAGAAUGGCGAUUGUCGCAGGGUCCAUUGCGAGGGUCUAUACGGGAUAAAGGCCUCGCAGUUCGAACAUCUAAUACCGCAGCUAUGAUUGGACGUCUCUUGGAAACUCCCAUUCAUGUUUCUGAAUCAGAUACUUUAGUAGUCCAGUACGAGAUUAAGUUAGACACAUCUUUGACUUGUGGUGGCGCUUUCAUCAAAUUAGUAUCAGGUUUGACGAAUGUUGGGGCGCUGGAGAACUAUAUGCCAAAUAAGACAGGUGUGGAAUUAGUGUUUGGCCCGGAUUAUUGUGCCCCAGAAAUAAACAGCGUGCAAUUUGCCAUCAACAAGAUUCACAAGAUCACGCACGAACCCAAACUUAGAUAUUUACAAGAGACCCCUUUAUCAAAAUUGACUGACACUUCUCAAUCACAUCUGUACACGCUCAUAUUAGAUGAAUCUACCCAGUCUUUUCAAAUUCUGAUUGACGGUAAAAUAGUCAUGGCAAGAGAACAUGUCGAAGACAAGAAAAAGGUCGGUUUUGAACCACCUAUCACACCAGCUUUGAUGAUUCCUGAUGUUACAGUACCGAAACCUCACAGUUGGGACGAUCGCAUUCGGAUUGCAGAUCCUGAGAUGGUAAAGCCCACUGACUGGGAUGAACUAGAACCAUUGAUGAUUCCAGAUCCAGACGACGUCAAACCAUUAGAGUGGGAUGACUCUGUCUCCAAAUACAUUCUCGACCCGGGUGCUCAAGAGCCCUCCUGGUGGGAAGAAUCUGAACACGGUGAAUGGGUACCACCCCUGAUCAAAAACCCUCUUUGCACUGCAGAACGUGGUUGUGGCCAGUGGGUACCAAGGCUGGUGAAGAAUCCCAAGUACAAAGGUCCAUGGGAACCUAGUGAAAUCAUAAAUCCCGACUACAUGGGAGAAUGGCAUCCGCCAGAAAUUGAUAAUCCACUAUUUUACCAAGAGCAUCAGCCACUGCGUGUAGAAAACGAAAUUAAUGGUGUGAUACUUGAAUUUUGGAGUGGAUCUCCUAACAUGUUGAUAAGCAACAUUUAUGUCGGUAAAAACGUAACAGAGGCCCAAAUCAUCGGGAAUAAGACUUGGGUAAUGAGACAUCGCGCAUUUAGAGACCUCGAAGAUUCCACAGAACGUAAAUUCAUGAACAAGAGACUAGGAAAUCUACAAUCCGGUUUUCAAAACGAAAGAGAUUCUCCCAAUCCCUUUGAUCGCAUCAUAGAUUACAUACUCGAACAACCUCCCAAAGCUUUACUUACUGCCGCCGUCAUGCUCUUGACAAUGAUGGCUUUUAGUUAUAUAGUGUCUAAAUAG